GUUAAUGCGGAGAUGGGUGACCUUAUAUCUUCAAGAUACUUUCUUCAUUGCCCCUGGCUUAUCCUAUAUAGAGGAGGAAGGAAAAGACCCCACCAUUAGAAUAGAGGGUAUGAAGCAACUAGGUGGAACCGGGACUGGAAAAGAAUUGACGGUAAAAUCAAUCUUUAACCUUUACUGG